AUGUCGUCGGUAUCGGCCCAGGGGGUCGUGGAGCGCGCGUCCGCGGAGCUGUCGCGUCGUAUAACGGGGCUAGGAUUGCGGGGACGCAAGCGGUCGCCGGGCGUAGUGGAACGGGUAGCCAACGCAUUGUGCGGCCCCGCCGCGGCCACCGCGCCCCGCGUGCCGCGCCGCCGCCGCCCCUCACCGCGCCCGCUCGUAUGCACGAAAUGGCGGGACCUGUUAUACUCGUCGCCUCGAUGGUGGGCGGGCUUGGUCGCAUCUGUGGACUGUAGAGAAGUGCGUGCUACCACUGGCUGUUGUACGCAGCGAUUCUACAACUCUCUAGUUCGUCGCGGAAUACGUGGCGUCCUUCUAAUAUCCGCUGCAGACGACGACAUAAACGAAUUCAUAAGGCAAUUCCCGCUGUCCGCGCACCACGUGCAUGCGAUCAGCUUGAAAGGUUGCACGAUCACCGACAGAGGGCUGGAAGCUAUACUGGACCAUUUACAGGUUCUGUUUGAGCUAGAAUUAACUGGAUGCAAUGAAAUAACUGAGGCUGGUUUGUGGGCAUGUCUAACACCACGAAUUGUCUCACUCACGCUUACUGACUGCAUUAAUAUUGCUGAUGAGGCUGUGGGUGCCGUAGCUCAACUGUUACCGUCUUUAUACGAGUUCUCGCUGCAAGCGUACCACGUGACCGACGCAGCUCUAGGCUAUUUCUCACCGAAACAGAGCGCGUCGCUCAGCGUGCUGCGCCUACACAGCUGCUGGGAGCUCACUAACCAUGGGGUCGUCAACAUCGUGCAUUCGCUGCCAAAUCUUACGGUGCUAUCCUUGAGCGGAUGCAGCAAAGUCACUGACGAGGGCGUCGAACUACUGGCGGAGAAUCUGCCGCGACUGCGCAGCCUAGACCUGAGCUGGUGUCCGCGGGUCACGGACAACGCGCUCGAAUAUAUCGCCUGCGACCUCAACCACCUCGAGGAGCUCACGCUCGACAGGUUGCCCACUGUUAACGUCGGGGGGACUAUCGAGUCUAAUACAGCUACGACAAUUGCGAGAGUUGGAGCUUACGAACUGUGCAGGAGCGUCGCCCGAAUUGUUCGACUAUCUACGCGAGCACCUGCCUCGAUGCCAGAUCAUCGAGUAGAUCAUCAAGCGAAUCGUAUUGUCAACUCAACAUAUGGGAUAUGUGAACGCUCAUGGAAUACCAAAGCGCCUUCUCGUGAGUACUUCGAGUUAGCCUUCUUGUUUGCUAUGAUGAUGACAUUACAGAAUACGGGUCCACAUAUGCUGACACCUAUUUCUAUAGAAUUAAAAAUAGAAACCCAAUUACUAGCAUAUACAAAUUAAACUAAUUAAUAAAGCUGAUUGGAAACGCCUAGUCUAUAAUAAAAAGCAUUCAAGACCUAUUUAUAUGAUUGCCAUUAAACAAAGUUUCAUCAAAAUGUGUACUCAUGCUUAAUAAUGAUUACUGUGAUCAAAUAAUAAGAUGCUCGUGCGUCAUUUUAAUUUUUUAUCAAUUACGAUAAUCUUGUAAGAAAAUAUCUACUUACAUCACAUUAUCACGUCGACAGCUUUAAAAAUACUGGAAAGUAUUUCCAUCAAAUUGUAUAUGAAGGGAGUGGCAUGAACAAUUUUAUAUGAUUUGCAUAUAAGGGUUCUUUAGACCCCCACUUUGUUUUAUAUUACUUUAUAUAAAUUUUAUAAAAUCAUUAAUUAUGUAAAUGAAACGUAUUUUAAUUUCCUAUAGUUUUUAAAUAACUAUUCUAUUAUUGUGUCUAAUCAUAGUUUUUAACGAUGACUUGAGGCCUACAAGUCGUCCUGUUUAUUCCUAACCAUUUGCUCAAAUUGUUUCAUAUGCCACGGGAAACAGUGUAUACAACUACGACUUCUUUUGUGGUGUAUUUUUUUAUGUAUGUUUUAAGUACCUAUUGAUAUUAUAAUGUGUGCCCUAAUUUAGUUGUCGGAUCAUAAAAGAAGUCGUUAGUUAUUUAGUACAUUAUGUACAAUUGUAUGUGUAAGUAGACGUAAAUGCGAAAACCUUUAUUUAUACAAGGAUCUCUUACACUUGUUUUUUUUUAUAAUCGAUUUUAUGCUCUUUGUAGAGUACGGUUUAUUCUUUGCAUGUCUAAUCACAUUACAUGCAAUAUAAAUAAUACUUAUUUUCCUUUCUAAUACUUAUGUAUUUUAAACGGAGUAAUAUUGUCUCAAGAUAAAAUUCAUUCCUUGUUUCUUAUUCUUGACGAAAUGGUUGUAGAUCUUUAAAUGUGUGUUCUAUCAUUUAUUCUAUUAUCGUAAUAAGUUUGUGUUCAUUUAUAUUGCGUGUAUUACUGUAAGAUUUCCUUUAAAAUCUAGUCCACCCAUCUCUGACUUGAGUGUUACUGAAAGCAUGGUUAAUUCAGAAUUUCUUGUACUGAAAUAAAUUACUGAUAGUUUAAGAAAGCAACAAAAAAUAAAUGAUGCUUUAUUUAAUAUAUUAUUUUUCAAAGAUCUCUAUUCAUAUUGUAUAAUUUUUCUUCUAGUCAAACCUUUUUUUUAUAUUUUCAUGUCUUUUAUGUAAGUAUUUGUAUUUAUUACUUAAAUAUAUGUACAUUAUUAUGAGAAAAAAAUCUUAUAUUAGAAAAAUUAACAAAUAUUAAAAUCAUGAAUAAAACAUCCUAAAAUAUCAACUUGUAACUCAAUUCAACAAUUUAUAAAAAGUGUUCAAAUAAUUUUUGUGUUGACGACUAACAAAACAAUUUAAUAUUAUUAUUUCUUCAGUCACUUUAAGAUGUAGAGACAUGACAAAGCCUCAUCCUCUUUAGUAAGUAGUUAGACAAAAUAAGCUGACUUUAAUCCUAGUAAUUUAGCACUUUGCAUAGAAGUGGAAAUGUAGAUCCCAUUUCAUCCAUUACUUGUUUUAAUGUACCUUGAAGGCUGACCUACGCAUUUUUCAUAUUCAGCGUGAUUUUAUUUAAAGAUCGAGCUUAUCUUAUAUCAUUUACUGCUAUGCCGUCCAACUAAGAGUCACAAAAAGAGUGCGUGGAAAAGUGAUGAAUGUGAUUUCCAAGAAAAAGUGUACCGUUUUACAGUAUGUUAAACUGCUAUGUAGCUAUUUUUGUAGGAAGCGCUCAUGUGUGUUGUGGAAUAUGCGUUCAUUAAAUGGAAUAAGAGUAAAUAAAACUAGUUUUUACGGGUUAAUGCACGAAACUUUAUUUAUUU